UGUGGUAGUAUAAGUUUAUAAAAGCUGGUUCGUGCGAGUUUCACGUGUAGUGUUGAGUGUAUGUGUAGUGCGAUGGAGCGUAUCGGAGCUCUCUGCUUUGUGCUAACCUUCGUGUCGGUCUGCCAAUCGGCCCCACAAGAUGUUGUGAACGUGACUGCUGUGGAUGGGAGACUCGGUAUUGGAAAAAUAACUGGCGGCACAUUUGGGCCUGGAAGCUUUAGUAUUGGUGCAGAUGGUCGAGAGCUUUCAUCAACAUUUAUAACUGAAGAUGGAGUACCAGUGGUUACAAUCAAACCAAAACCGCAUCGUGACCGAAACCGAAAACCGUCUAAACAUAUGGAAGAUGACGCAGACGUUGAGUCAGGACAGGGAGGCAGGGGAGGUGCAGGCGGCAAAGGAGGUGGUCAAAUCACGAUAGGCAAAGUUAUUGCCAAAAAUAACAAUAACCAAGAGAAUAGAAGGGAAAACAACAACCAGGAACCUGGUACUUUAUUAGAAGCAAUAUCUUCUAGUAAUGGACCAAUAAACAUGUCUAUAGGUAAUCCAGCAAGUGUUGCAAGGAAGCCUAUAACUGGAGGUGGCUCGGAAGCAGGAGCACAGAGUAUAAACGAUCAAAAUGUAAGACCAGGAAAUAAUAAUUCUAAGAAGACUGUCAAUGAAUUUAAUAAUGAAGGUGCAGGAGAUGGGUCACAUGAUAACGGUAAUGAUAAUGGGCAUGAGUACACUGGAGGUCCUGACGAGCCUUGGGUGUGGUCAUAAAGAUAGGGACACAUCAUGUAGAAGGUCAAGUUGACUACAUUCCCUGAAGACUCUAUACCAUUAGGACUAUUGUUAAUCCGAGUCGAUGUAGUAUACAACGUAGUAAGAAAUACGAGAUUCCAAAUUGUUUCUAGCGUACACAGUAUUAUAUUUAUGAAAUUGUGGUUUAAAUAUCUGUAUUUUAAUUAUUAUAAUAAAUGUUUAUUUUCAUUGUAAUUUUAUUUAAAAAUAAGUUUAUUUGCAACGAAUUGUACCUACAUUAUAUUAUUAUAACAACCUAUGCGUCCCUUAUUUUGGUCCCCUCAUAGACGUUUACAAAAUAUAUUUCUUAAAACAA